AUGAUUGAUGCUGCUAGUGGAGGUGCCAUUUCAGAAAUGGAACCUGAAGAAGGUAAAACUUUAAUCUCUAAAAUGAUCGCCAAUUCUAGACAAUAUGGCCAAGAAGAGGACAUUUCAAGGAAUGCCAAUGAAGUAAGUAUUGCAUCUUUAGAUUCUAAAAUUUCACAACUAACAGCUACAAUUCAACAAUUGGCUGUAGGGAACAAUGCACGAACUUGUGGCAUUUGCAAACAAGCAGACCACCCCAUAGAUAUGUGUCCUAUCCUUCAAGAAGGAAAGCAACAGGUAAAUGCUAUUGGAGGAUUCAAUGACCAACAAAGGAAGUAUGACCCGUUUUCAAGUACCUACAAUCCGGGGUGGAGAGGUCAUCCAAACCUUAGCUAUGGGAAUAGACAACAGAAAUUCCAACCAAGAGCAAACUAUCAAACUGGAAAUUUAGUGAGCAAACUAGAAUCUCAAGGGAAACUACCCUUCCAAACCAUACCAAAUCUAAAACAGAACGUAAGCGCAAUUACGCUGCGAAGUGGGAAGGAGUUAGACUCUGCCAGCUCGAAGAAGCUUGCCCAAGGUAGUAAGGCAGACCAGAAGACAGAAGUAGAAAUGGAGAUUCUAGAAGAGAAACAACCCCAGAAAUCUGAGGAAGAACAAUCCCCAAUGCAAGUAAUACGUCCACCUUUUCCUGAAAGAUUUGCUCAAUCAAAAAGAGAAAAGGAAGAGAAAGAGAUCUUGGAGAUUUUUCGCAAAGUCCAGGUAAACAUAUCCCUUCUUGAAACCAUAAAGCAAAUACCUAGGUACGCGAAAUUUUUAAAAGACCUUUGCACUAAUAAAAGAAAAUUGUAUGGGUACGAAAAGAUCAAAGUAGGGGAGAAUGUAUCAGCUGUACUACAAAGAAAAAUUGCACAAAAAUGUAAAGACAAAGUUUAUUUGUCUUUGGAUGCAAGUCCUUUGAAACAAACAGGAGUCACACUCCAACUCGCCGAUAGAUCAAUAGUUUAUCCUAAGGGCGUGUUGGAAGAUGUUUUGGUCCAAGUAGGAAGAUUAAUUUUCCCAGCUGACUUUUUUGUCUUGGAUAUGGAAGAUAACAAUUCAUCCAACUAUAUAGAUUUAUUGCUAGGAAGACCAUUCCUCAGCACAGCUAGAACGAAGAUUGACGUGCACGAAGGCACACUUUCAAUGGAGUUUGAUGGAGAAGAGAUUGGAUUUUCUAGGCAAUUCGAGACUUUAGGGAAUCUUUUUGGAGGAUGGCCGCACCAACAACGCCGAAGAGACCCACGCCACCGACGCUUCAACCAAUCGCCACCGGACGACGCCGAGGGUCCCAUCAAACGUGAUCUCCCUCACCGGACGCAGCCUUCGCGCAAGCCUCCCUGCUGGUCUGCUCCUUCCUCGCUGGUCGCAGCCCCUUCCGUGCGUUCCUCCUCGCCGGCCACCACCUCCUUGGCACCGACACCACCACCUCUACCACCAUCAACUCCUCGCCGAUUGCAGCCACACGCCAGUUUUUACAGAUGA